AUGAGCAGCGAGUUAUGCAGGCCAAAUGCAGGGAGGCCAUGUAUGGUGCGUAAAGAGUUUGACAAACCGCACCAAGGUAUUACUGGCGGGCAAUAUCGUGUACACUUAAGAAAUAGGACUUGCGAUUGUGGGAGGAUUGACGCACUUCGUUAUCCAUGCGCUCAUGUAAUUGCAGCUUGUCAAAAUCUUCGUUUGAAUCCCAUGAGCUAUGUCGACGACGUGUACAAAUUGGAAUACAUGUAUAACGUGUGGAGACACAUAUUCCCACCGGUCCCAGAUGAACGUAAGUGGCCCUCUGUAUCGCUUGCUCCGUUUAAGCUGUUACCGGAUAGAGAGUUGCGGUGUAAACCAAAGGGUCGACCUUGCUCGACUAGAAUACGCAACAAUAUGGAUAUCCGAGAAACAACCAAUCAACAGAAGUUAUGUGGAUGGUGUAGGAACCCAGGCCAUACAAGUAGAUUAUGUCCAAAUCGCAAUAGUUGA